GGUAGCUGGCCGCAGAGCUGGAAUAAAGGGACCUAGUGGUUUAGGUAGCGAUUGCCAUCAUGCUGAAAGCUGUGAUCCUGAUUGGAGGCCCUCAAAAGGGGACUCGCUUCAGGCCUUUGUCUUUUGAGGUGCCCAAACCCCUGUUUCCAGUGGCAGGGGUCCCUAUGAUCCAGCACCACAUUGAGGCUUGUGCCCAGGUCCCUGGGAUGCAGGAGAUUCUGCUCAUUGGCUUCUACCAACCUGACGAGCCCCUUACCCGGUUUCUAGAAGCUGCCCAGCAGGAGUUUAACCUUCCAGUCAGGUACCUGCAGGAAUUUGCGCCCCUGGGCACAGGGGGUGGUCUCUACCAUUUCCGGGACCAGAUCCUGGCUGGGGGCCCUGAGGCCUUCUUCGUGCUCAACGCUGACGUCUGUUCCGACUUCCCCUUGAGUGCUAUGUUGGAUGCCUACAGACACCAGCCUCACCCUUUCUUGCUCCUUGGCACCACGGCUAACAGGACACAAUCCCUCAACUACGGCUGCAUUGUAGAGAAUCCACAGACACACGAGGUCCUGCACUACGUGGAGAAACCCAGCACUUUUGUUAGUGACAUCAUCAACUGCGGCAUCUAUCUCUUUUCCCCCGAAGCCCUGAAGCCCCUUCGGGAUGUCUUCCAGCGUAACCAGCAGGAUGGGCAACUGGAGGACUCUUCAGGCCUAUGGCCAGGGGCAGGCACCAUCCGCUUGGAACAGGAUGUGUUCUCAGCCCUGGCUGGACAGGGCCAGAUCUAUGUACACCUCACUGAUGGUAUCUGGAGCCAGAUCAAGUCUGCAGGCUCAGCCCUCUAUGCCUCCCGCCUCUACCUGGGCCAGUACCAGCUCACUCACCCAGAACGCCUGGCCAAGCACACCCCAGGGGGUCCACGAAUCCGAGGAAACGUUUACAUCCACCCAACGGCCAAGGUGGCCCCGUCGGCUGUGCUGGGCCCCAAUGUCUCCAUUGGGGAGGGGGUGACCGUGGGCGAGGGUGUGCGGCUCCGAGAGAGCAUUGUCCUCCAUGGAGCCACGCUGCAGGAGCACACGUGUGUUCUGCACACCAUUGUGGGCUGGGGGAGCACUGUGGGGCGCUGGGCCCGUGUGGAGGGUACCCCCAAUGACCCCAAUCCCAACGACCCGCGAGCACACAUGGACAGUGAGAGCCUCUUCAAGGAUGGGAAGCUGCUGCCUGCCAUCACCAUCCUAGGCUGCCGCGUCCGGAUCCCUGCUGAGGUGCUCAUCCUGAACUCGAUUGUUCUGCCACACAAGGAGCUGAGCCGCAGCUUUACCAACCAGAUCAUCCUCUGA